UGCGCAUGCCCAAACAUACUUUACGUGGCAUGAGAGACGAAACAGUGGAAACGUAAACAAAAUAUCAAAAACCUACUCGCACAAUGGGGCUGCAUAACUGUUUCUCGGCAGUUAUUAUUUUAAUAUCAUUUAUAGCAUACUCUGAAUGUUACUUUGUAAACAUUGAUGCCAAUGCUGAAGAAUGUUUCUUUGACAAAGUAACGUCUGGUACGAAAAUGAGUUUGAUGUUUGAGGUCGCCGAGGGUGGAUUUCUCGACAUCGACGUGAACAUCUUUGGUCCAGACGAUAAAGUAAUCCAUUCAGUUGAAAGAGAAUCAAGUGGGAAGUACACAUUUGCAGCCCAUAUGGACGGUGCUUACAAGUACUGCUUCAGCAACAAGAUGUCCACUAUGACACCUAAGAUUGUUAUGUUCACAGUUGAUGUUGGUGAUAAGCCAAAACAGGAGCCUGGCGAGUUGGAGGGAGAUGAACACCAGAACAAACUUGCUGAGAUGAUAAAUGAGCUGUCCAAUGGGCUGACUGGAGUAAAACAUGAACAAGAAUAUAUGGAAGUUAGGGAAAGAAUUCACAGAGCAAUCAAUGACAACACAAACUCCAGAGUGGUUUUAUGGUCCUUUUUUGAAGCCCUGGUUUUAGUAGCUAUGACAUUAGGACAGGUUUACUAUCUUAAGAGAUUCUUUGAAGUGCGACGAGUAGUGUAGCAUUCUAGCAACAUCAUAGGACGUUUAUCAAUUAUACCAGGAAUGUUCGUCUGCAAAUAGCAAAAUGUGUUAAUUUGUCUCCAGCAUACAUGAUGAUAGCUAUUUGGACAAAUUUUGGAAAUAUAGGUAUUUUAGUUUUAAGGAAUUUGAUUUACUACAUUAAGAGUUCAAAUGAUCAGGAAUUUGGAAAUAAGUUCGUGACAAAAUACAACUGUGCCUUUAGAAACGAGAGACAUUGACUACUGGGAAGUUUGUAUUCAUCAAUCAUGCAAACUAUGUAUGCCAUAUCUGAGUAUAAGAUUUAGAAACAGUGAUUUUGUGUUAAGAUGAUGUAAUUUGUUCUUGAAAACCCCACUUAAUUGUGUGGUAAAGCCAUACAUCCAUUUUCAGUUUGUAACUCUGACAGAAUCUUCUGAAAUUCUUCCCUCUGUAUGCUUGAAUCAUUUUAUGUGUGAUAUUUAUUGACUGAGGUAUGUUAUUACAUAUGUAUCAUCCAAUAGUGUUAAGUAAGUCAAACUAGUAAUGAAUGCACAUUUCAAAAAUGAAAAAAUAAUUUUAUUAAAUCUCGUCUUCUUUUUCUGUUUGGUUUAGUAAGAUCUGUGUUGUUGUCUAUGACAAAGGAAUGUUAAGGGUAAAUGAGAGAAAUAAUAUAACAGUGUUUUAUUGUAUAAUAUUGUGAAAGUAGGAGUAAGUCUUCUUUUGGGCUAUUUAUUACAUAAAGUUAAAUUCAUUUAUGCAAUAUUGUGUAAAAAGAGAUGCUAACUGUAAAGAGUGUAUUUUUUUUUGUUUUUAUAUAUUCUUAUUUGUUUGAUUUUCUGUAUAACUAUGUUUUGAAAAUUGUAUUUUACAUUAAUGUAAGUUUUGUACAUAAUAUUCAUGGCUUAUUUAUGUAUGCAAACUCAAUCCUAUCUCGCCUGAUAUUUUCAGAACAAUGGUUACAGUAUACUUCAAAAUUUCUUGGUGACUUUUAUUUCAAGUAUUAUCAUUUGUCCAAUAUUUUUAAUAGUUAACUUACAAAUGGGAAACAAUUACUAAUUACUAUGUAGUGGUUAAACAUGUUAACUUUCAUAUCAAGUGCUUACCCGAUGUUUGCAAAUUAUUCAUCAUGUACAAUCAGAAAGAACCUAUUUGUAAAAAAAUGUUGCUUCAAAUAUUUCGUCAUAAUAAAGGCUCACUUUUUAUGAUCUUCCUUUUAUGAAAAUAAAGGUGAUUUUAAAUAAAUGGUAAAAUCCUGA